GAACAAGAAAUGAAGCUGUUCACUUUCAUCACCUGCCUCCUUGCAGCCAUAGCUCUAGCCCAACCAAUCCUGGAGGAAACAAUGAGCAGCAGCAACAACGGCACAUCAACGUCACACAGUGCUGUUUCCCUCGACAGCGUCGAGGAACCUCCCAAGAAGCAACCAAAAUGUCCGGUUGAUCCUUGCGAUGGGGCCUGCAACUUUUGGGCUGUGCUUUUCACCUGGGGCGCCAGUUGUGUCAUUUGCGGACUUCAUCACCGCAAUUGCUAUAACUGA